AUGAGCAACAACAACGGCCAUCGUAUGAACACUUCUCUUCAAAACCUCUACGAUGACUUUUUCAGAGAUAUUGAUUCGAAUUCUCCAUUACGGAGAAUGAUUCCGUCACCCGUUCGAAUUUCGGGUCGAAAUCAUUCCACCACAAUGUCAUCAUCACGAUUCUCAGAUUAUCAUUUGAGUGCUCAAUUGAGAAUUUCUAAAUUCAAAACCAUGUAUGCACAACUACCGUUGGAAAUGCAUUAUCAUUUAAUGUCUUUUUUGGAUGAAGCUUCAUUGAUGAAAAUGGCCAUAAGUGGAAAAUGUCUGAUGGCAUUAGUGACAUUGUUUAUGAUUGGCGGAGGUGGAGCUGAAAUGUCAAGAUUCAAAUCAAUUUAUUCGUAUGAACGAACCAAUUCAAAUGAAAUGGAAUUUCACAACAUUUCGAACAACAGCGGAUGUCAAAAAUUGAAACAUCGAAUUUCGAAACGAUUCUUGUUGGUCAUGUUACAUAAUUUAAAUGAUUUGGUUAAAAAAGAAAGCAAAAAAACCAUACCUUCUUCAAGUUCGAAUAUGACCACCACUGUUAGUAGUAGUAAUACCAUUCGCACAAAUUACAGUAGCAAUCACUUGAAACAAUCACCAAGAGGAAGUCCUGCAAGAUUGGAAACUGUGACGUCUUCGAAUGAUCAUCCUGUUGAAAAAAAACCGUCACUGACAAGAGUGAAUUCUGACUUUAACAUGUACUUGUCAAAGUUUGAUUUUUCCAAUGAUGAUGUCAUGCACAAGAUGCCUUGGAUGGAAGAAUUUAAAAUUCAACCCUUUCUUUAUGACUCUAACGCUCUUGAUUUACAAUAUUUGACAAAUGACAUUCUGCUCGAUAGUUCUGCAAUGAACACUAUGAGGAAAACUCUCAUUUCCAUUGGCGCUUUCAAGAAUAUUCAAGCUCUCUAUUUAACAAUCAAUGACACAGUUUCUCUCGAUGUUUUGUUUCCCUAUUCUGUGAAAAGUUCAUCCGGAUUCUUUUCUAAAUUAAUCGGAGGAGGAGGAGGAUCAUCAUCUUCAGAAGUUUCUCCAACAAUUGGUGUCACUUCUUCUUCUUCAGAUUCAACCUCGACUUCAUCCUUUACAACAACAACAUCAUCAGUGGCCACUCAAGAUCCCAUCACUCCUUCAUUGUGGAGUUUUGAGGAUUUACUUCCACGAAUUCGAGUACUUCAACUCACUAAUUACAUUCCAAAGAAAAAGUAUGAACUGAAUCAAUUAUUGAAACAAACAGUUUCACUCAUGAGUUUAGAGAUUGAAUUUCCACUUCGAUUUUUUGCUCAAAUUGAUCCUUUAAGGUCAAAUGAGCAUCUUGUCAAACAUUUGACGUAUCUUUCCAUUGUCAAACCGCCACCAUCCUUCAUGUCAGAAGUAGAUCCAUUUCAAGAAUUUCCAAAACUCAAAACAUUGAAUUACAUUAUUUUACCAGUUGUGGAUAAUGCUUCCACAAAGUUUGUUCUGAUGAAUAUUUUGGAAGGAAAUGUUGCAAGUGUGAGUGGAACGACCUCGAAAUUAACUGCAAAACUUUUGGAUUCCAUUUCAUCGUAUAACAGUGUGGUUGAGAAUUUUGUUCAUCGAUUGAAAAACUCAAAGCUUGAAAAGAUUAAUUUUGUACAGAGACCAUUCAGUCUUUCUUCGGAAAUUACAGAAAAACUUUUUACCUAUUUAAGAAAAGCAGGAGAACAGUCACCUAUCAUUCUAUUUCCCAUGUUAAAAGAGUUAACAACCAAUGACUCGACGUUCGAAGAUUUUAAACGAUAUGGUGAUUCAUGGAGUUUAUUACUUUCAGGAGGACCUUUGACUCACAGAUUUCAUAUUGGAAGUGAAAAUAGUUUGGAACUUUUGACCUAUAUUGUUCUCAUGGAACAUUUACCCUAUGGUCUGAUGAAACUUGUCAAACAUCAUUGCAAGUCCUUAAGAAGAGUAAUUUUAGAAGCUCAUACUUCAUGUGUUCUUGAUCAUGCUUUGUUGAGUGUGGAUUCAGGUCUCGCAAAUUUGCAAUACUUGAGUAUUUCAUCAUUUACUGUGACAGAUAUUGUGAGUUUAUUGAAUCCGUUAAUAAGAAGUCCAAAGUUAAGACAUGUACAACUCAAAAACAUGACGUUCCCACCAUUGGAAGAUUUAGAUAAGAAAGCAAUCAAAACUCAAUCCUGUCACUCGUCUUUGGAAAUGUUGGAAAUUUCAAAUUCCAGCAUUCAUAUGCAUUUUUUAGUUUGUCUAAUUUAUCCAAUGAGAAAGACUCUGAAUCAUUUAAAGAUUUCCAAUUGUACAAUGAGUGGAACUUCUCUAACCAAUAACGAAAUUUAUCAUUUAAUUUGCUUAACAGAAGAAGAGACAAGGAAAGAUGCAUCUGAGUUUACACAUGUAGAUUUCAACACAUUGAUUCGAUUUUCUUCCAUGCAUACACUUCAUAUUGAAAAAUCAAGUUUGGAAUUUUGUCACAACCUCUUCUCCAUAUUCGCGUUUCCAUGUAUUCAUUCCGUGAUCAUUGGACCCGAUAUGAAACAUAAAACGGAAGAUCAUACAUCUCAGAGUGUUGCUGCAUUUUCCACAUUUAUUAAGGGUUCAAGCGCACUUUACAAUAACAAUUUGAAAAGUACAGAAUUGAAUGGAAGGAGCACAACUUCUUCAUCAUCGCCACCGACUCCAACAUUGAGAUCCAACACUACUUUGAUUGAUACGUUUUUCAUUCCAUCUCUAGAAAAAUUUUCCAUUCUUGAUCAUCGAUCCCAGGAUAGCAAGAAUGCAUCAUUUUUCAAUAUUGAUUUACUGCAACAGAUUUUCAAGUAUCAUUCUCAUUCAUUGACAUGUUUGAAAUUGAAUGCACCUGUAAAUAUUUCUGCAUCGACUUGGAAAGAAGUAUUCACACAAAGUGAGAGAUUAUGUCACAAUUUAAAAACACUUCAUAUUUAUUCAUACAAAUUCUCUAAUGAAGAGAUUCAGAAUUUAUUGGAAUUUUUAAGACAUUUCUACAAUCUUACCGAUUUAUAUAUUGAAUUGGAUGGAAAAAAUCCAAAUAAUGAAUUCUUUGAACGACUCGAAGAAAAAUGCAUUAAUUUGGAAAAUGUUGAAAUUCUUGGAAAUGGAUCAAACGACGUCAGUUAUCAAAGUCUGUUAAAUUUCGUCAUUCAACUCAAAAAUUUACAAUCCCUCACUUUGCAUUUUGAACCAAGAGUCACCAAUACCUUCACAGGAGUUUCCUCGAUCGAAGAUUUGAAAACUGUCUAUCGAUCACGAAUUCACAAAGCACCUCCAAAAAUUCUCUUCCAAGAACCAGUUUCAGCUUUGGCUAAAUAUCAAUAG